CUAUAAUCUACUUAUCUUACAUAUUAAUAAUAUUCAAAAAGAUGUCAAUUAAAACUUCAAUUUCUAGCGAAUAGUGCAUUAUUACAUAAUUUGCGAUAGAAACUAUAUCUCCUGGAAAAACUUUAAACGUAUAUUUUAUACGACAUGACACCGAACACGUUUGGAACGUGUCCUACUAUAGGAAGCAAGUCGAUCAAAGAAUCUACAAAUGAUAAAAUACUAACAACCGAAUUAUAUAAAACCGAUUAUCAGUGGAAAAUCGUUUGGAGAAAUGUCAUAAUUUUUAUUUAUGUGCAUCUUGCUGCCAUUUACGGACUAUACCUGAUUUUCUUCAAGAUUAAACAUCGGUCACUUAUAUGGUUCACAGCUAUCGCUGUCGCCGCAGGUCUUGGAAUUACAGCUGGCGCCCACCGACUGUGGUCUCAUCGAUCUUACAAGGCAAAAUGGCCCCUAAGAUUUAUUCUCAUGAUUUUCCAAACAGCUGCCUUUCAAGAUGAUAUUUACACAUGGGUCAGAGAUCACCGUGUGCAUCAUAAAUUUACCGACACAGAUGCAGAUCCAUAUAAUGCACGCCGAGGUUUUUUCUUCUCGCAUAUCGGUUGGCUUCUUGUUCGUAAGCAUCCUGAUGUUGCGAGCAAAGGUGCCACGAUUGAUUGCAGCGAUCUCAAUCAGGAUCCAUUCGUGGUUUUUCAAAAAAAAUGGUAUAUAUACUUAAUGCUAUUCUGCACCUUUAUUAUACCAACAUUAGUACCUUGGUUGGUAUGGGGUGAAUAUUUUUGGUAUUCAUGGAACGUCACAGUCUGCAGAUAUUGCUUAAAUCUUAACUUCACCUGGUCAGUGAACUCAGCAGCUCACAUAUGGGGUGUAAAACCAUACGAUAAAUCAAUCAGUCCUACCAACAAUGGUGGAGUUUCGUUCAUAUCAUUUGGCGAAGGAUGGCACAAUUAUCAUCAUGUAUUCCCUUACGAUUAUAAAGCGGCGGAACUUGGAAAUUAUAGACUCAAUUUGACUACAGCUUUUAUCGAUUUCUUCGCUUAUUUAGGCUUGGCUUACGACUUGAAAACCGCGCCUACAAAUGCAAUAAAGAAACGUGCCCUACGAACCGGAGAAAAAUAUUAAAAAUAAAUUUAAUCAUUAUAUAAU